AUGGCUGGACGUGAUGAACGUGCUCCGAUUCAAAUUGAUGCGCAGCAAAUGAAAAAGAAUCCAUUGUGGAAUCAUGUUGUGCUAUUAGAGAGGGCAGGGACUGGAGGAAAUGCUAGAUGUCGUUGCAAGUAUUGCGGGGAAGAAUAUGGUGGAAGCUACUCUAGAGUAAAGAGUCACUUGCUUCGGGUUCAAGGAGGUGGAAUCAAGAUAUGUGCCAAGGUCACAAAGUCCGUCUUAUCUCAGCUGAACAGUGAGGUUGCAAAGGCUAAAGAUGAGGCAAGUAAAUCAAAGGACAGAGAUGUUCCAUUGUCCACAGGGAGCACACAAAAUAUGACAGGCAGCAGCAGCACUGGUUAUCCAGUGAAGAAGCGGUUGAGGUGUUCAGCAAUUGAGAAGGCAUUUGACAUGGACACUCGCAAUACCAUGGAUGCUUUGAUUGCAAGGCUAUUCUACUCUUGUGGACUUUCUUUCAAUAUUGCAAGAAGUCCAUAUUAUCGGGAAGCCUUCAAAUUUGCAGCAAAUCACAAUCUUAGUGGUUAUGUACCUCCUAGUUACAACAAGUUGAGAACAACUUUGCUUAAGCAAGAAAGGACUCAUGUUGAGACUUUGCUGAGUAGGACAAAGAGUGUAUGGCAGGAAAAGGGAGUUACCAUAUGCUCAGAUGGAUGGACUGAUGCACAAAGAAGGCCACUAAUCAAUUUCAUUGCUGUUUCUGAGACUUCACCAAUCUUCUUGCGAGCAUUAAAUGCCCAAGGUGAAGAGAAGACAAAGGAGUACAUUGCUGACAAGUUAGUGGCUAUAGUUGAAGAAGUUGGAGCCAAAAAUGUGGUCCAAAUCAUAACAGACAAUGAUGCAAAUUGCAAAGGUGCGGGUUUAAUUGUCCAGCAGAAAUAUGACAACAUUUUCUGGACUCCUUGUGUUGUUCACACUCUGAAUCUUGCUCUGAAAAAUAUAUGUGCUGCUAAGGUACCUAGAAAUGAUGAAGAAUCUGUUGUCUUUGAUGAAUUGAAUUGGAUCCAAUUAAUAGCUCAAGAUGCUAUUAUGAUUAAGAAUUAUAUAAUGAACCAUGGCAUGAGGCUGUCCAUGUUUAAUGAGUUUAGUAAGUUGAAACUUCUAGCUGUAGCUGAAACAAGAUUUGCCUCAGUUGUGGUCAUGUUGAAAAGAUUUCUGAUGGUCAAGAGGGCACUCCAAACCAUGGUAAUUAGUGAUGCAUGGGAGAGUUACAGGGAUGACAAUUCAGGUCUAGCAAGGCAUGUGAGGGAAAAAAUUCUUUGCAACCAGUGGUGGGAGAAUGUGUCAUACAUUGUUGAUUUUACUGAGCCCAUUUAUGAAAUGCUGUGUUUAGCUGACACAGAUAAGCCUUGCCUUCACUUGGUUUAUGAGAUGUGGGAUACAAUGAUAGAGAAUGUGAAGAAGGUGAUAUACAAUAAAGAAAAAAAGGAAGAGGAUGAGGAAUCUUCUUUCUUCACAGUUGUCUAUGACAUAUUGAUUAGUCGUUGGACAAAAAGCAACACGCCACUUCAUUGUCUUGCACACUCACUUAACCCAAGAUACUAUCAUGAGAAUUGGCUCAAUGAACGUGCCGGACGUAAACCCCCACACAAGGAUCUUGAAAUAUCACAAAUGAGAAUGAAGUGUUUCAAGAAGUUUUUCCCCAUCACUGAAGACCUAAAUCAGGUGAAGGUUGAGUAUUCUAAGUUUGCCACAUCUUCAGAAGAACUCAAUGAUUUUGAUGCCAUUUAUGAUAGAUGGGUGUUGGAUCCAGUUAAAUGGUGGAUAAACCAUGGACAGUCUGUUCCUCUAUUGCAAAAAAUAGCUCUUAAGCUACUCAAUCAGCCGGCCUCCUCUUCCUGUUGUGAAAGAAAUUGGAGCACUUAUAGCUUCAUGCAUAGCAUGAAAAGGAACAAGCUAACUCCUGAGCGAGCUGAAGAUCUAGUUUUUGAACAUAGCAAUCUAAGGCUUUUAUCAAGAAAGGUAGAAGAUUACAAGACCGGUCCAUCAGCAAUGUGGGAUGUAGGAGGGGAUGCAUUUGAAUCAUUGACCGGUGUUGGAAUUCUAGAAGUGGCUGAUUUAUCUAUUGAAGAACCUGUGUUGGAGAGUGUGUCUUUUGAAGAUGCAGGAAUAGGAGAUGAAGAUGAGAUUAUGAUGGUCGACGACGACGAGGAUGCGGAUUGAAGAUCUAUCUAGUCUAGAGGAUGCAAUUUGCUGUUAUGUUAUUUACUACUAUUGUGUUUGCUUGUUUGGAACUAUGGUUUCAGUUAUUUAUGACUUAUGAGACUAUUAUGUUUGCUUGUUUGGAACUAAGUUUUAAAUUAUUUAUAAGACUGCAA